AUGACCUACAUAGACUGGUGGUGUUCUCCUCUUUGUCCUAUGACGCAGAUGAAUGUCUGGAGUCAAACAGGAAUCUGCAGAUAUCUCAGAAAUGGUUUCCAGUUCGUGCGUGCUGAAGGCUUCGUGGUUGGGCACGUGGCAGAUGAAGGUAUUAUGGAAUGCUGUGCCAGCGAGCUAUUGCGCUACAGACGCAUUAUUGAUGCUGAGGACAUUCUUGUGUUUGCAGACAAAGAAAAACACUGGUCAGCUGCAAUCACAAGUGACGUCAGCAUCCUGGAAACAAUGAAAGCAGCCGAAUUCUUUCAGUGUGAUGGCAUCAUCCUGACUGGAGGUGCAACAGGCCUGCCACCCAGUACCACUGAACUGCAAGGUGUGCACUUGUGAAAUGUUGCUUCUGUUAAAAAUGUCAUGAGCCAGCAUAGUUUUGUUUUUUGAUUUUGUGCAAGCACACAUGGCUGCCAGUAA